CGAUAUUAUAGUGUUAACUCAUAUUAAACUAAACUACUUAUAUUAUGUUUGAAAAGUCUUUUAUUAGCUGUUAAACAUAUUUCAUCCAGGAGAUUAUUUCAAAUUAUUUAAUCAAAAGAUCAGUUCCCAAAAAUCAACACAAAUAUAUGUAUGAAAUCAAGUAAAAAAACUGGAAAUACUUGAUACAUUGAAUCAAUGGAGUUACGAACCGAAAAAGUGAUUCCAUCAAACGAUGCGAUAUCUUCGAGUCAAGAAUCUCAGUCAUCUCCACAAAUUCCAGCAGUUGUUAAACCACGGCGUGGAUCCAUAUUUGUUUCAGCACUUGCAGCGGAACAACAUGGUGCAUCAUCUUUAUCAACAGAUAAUACAGGAUCGAUGAUUGUUAGAUUGGGUCGAUCUAGUACAGGUGGCGCAACUGUUGCAACUAGUACCAGUUCAUCAAGUACAAAUGGAAUAACUGGAGUCUUACCAGAUUCAUCUGUUGAAGGUGUGAUUGUGACACCAUUCGCUCAAGUGCUUGUUAGUAUGCAACGAAUACGGAAUGCAUUUAUCAGGUUGACCGCUGCUCAAGUAUCAAAUAGAUAUAACAUCACAACCGUAUUUGAUUCUAUUCCAACUGGCAAUCUAACACCAGAUAGUAGUGAUUAUAAAAUAAUCGCGAAUGAAACACUUGAAGAAUUGGAAUGGUGUCUGAAACAAUUGGAAAAUAUUCAGACAAAGAGGCCUGUCUCUGAUAUGGCUUUUUCAAAAUUUAAACGUUUACUCAACAAAGAGUUGAAUAGUUUUGGUGAAGCUGAUAAGUCAAGACAUCAAAUAUCUGCCUAUAUUUGUGAAACAUUUUUAGAAACUGAAAAAGACGUUGAAACCAAUGAAGAGAUUGACUCUAUGCUGGAAAGACGACGUAGUAGUGGUCAGUCGCACAAUUCAACCAGUGGACAGGAUACAAACACUACAAGUAAAAGACAAUCUUCAGGAACUUGUGAUCCAAAUGCUAAUGUAACCAAUACAAGGACACCGGAUACCUCAUCUUCCCUUUCUUCAUCAGUUAUAAAAACAAGAUUAGGAUCAAUUGGAAGUAUGUCAACUGAAUCUCGUAAAAGCGCUCAACUAAAUGAUUCUAGUGGUUUGUUAACAACAAAAUUGUCAUCCGGUUCAAAGUUAACGAGUCAAAGUGUAGACGAUGGUAAUGGGCCAUCCCUACCAAUUCAUGGAGUUGAAACGCCUAAUGAUAAUGAGUUAGAGGAAAGAUUCUCGCAGUGUUUGGAUGAAUGGGGUGUAGAUAUCUUUGAAAUUGAUCGACUUUCUAAUGGACAUGCCCUUACAACAGUUGCUUAUAGAAUAUUUCAGAAACGUGAUUUACUCAAAACAUUUUGUAUUGAUCCUCGUGUUUUUGUACGUUAUCUGUUAAGAGUUGAAUCAAGUUAUCAUGCUGAUGUUCCUUAUCAUAACUCAAUGCAUGCAGCCGAUGUUCUUCAAACAGCACACUUUUUGUUACAAGCAGAAGCAUUAGACGAUGUUUUCAGUGAUUUGGAAAUUUUAGCUGUUCUGUUUGCCGCAGCUAUACAUGACGUAGAUCAUCCUGGAGUAACUAAUCAAUUUUUAAUCAAUACUGGUCAUGAAUUAGCCUUACAAUAUAAUGAUGCAUCCGUUCUGGAAAAUCAUCAUCUUUAUAUGGCAUUUAAAAUUCUAACCGAAAAAGACUGUGACAUAUUUGCUAAUUUAGGUGGAAAAAAACGUCAAACAUUACGUAGGAUGGUUAUAGAAUUGGUGUUAGCAACAGAUAUGUCUAAGCAUAUGAGUUUAUUAGCUGAUUUAAGAACGAUGGUUGAAACUAAAAAAGUUUCUGGAUCCGGUAUGUUGAAUUUGGACAAUUACGCUGAUCGUAUACAGAUAUUACAAAAUAUGAUUCAUUGUGCUGAUCUUAGUAAUCCAGCUAAACCAUUACGACUAUAUCGUAAAUGGACUGGACGUUUAAUUGAGGAAUUUUUCAGACAGGGGGAUAAAGAAAGAAAGUUAUCAUUGGAAAUUAGCCCAAUGUGUGAUCGUGAAUCGGUAGAAGUUGAAAAAUCUCAGGUUAGUUUCAUUGAUUUUGUGUGUCACCCAUUAUGGGAAACAUGGUGUGAUCUAGUACACCCCUGUGCUCAGUUAAUUUUAGACACAUUAGAAGAUAAUCGUGACUGGUAUGAAUGUCAUACAAAAGAAUCCAAAAUAAAAGUUACUCAGUUAGCUCGACCAAAAUUAGCUACUGCUGCAGAAGAUGAUGAAGAAAUUUCUACAACUUCAGGAAAUACAUAA